AUGUUUCAAGCCUUGGUUCGACAAGCCUAUCACCCCCUGUCCAGCCACCAGCCGGGGGAACCCGACGCCAAGUACAAGGGGAAGCUGGUGCACGAAACUCAGCUGAACUGCUUCUACAUCAAACCUGGAGGUUCCAACUAUGGGAGUCCCCGUCCGGCUCACGCCAACAUGAACGCCAACGCGGCGGCGGGGCUGGCCCCGGAGCACAUCCCCACGCCGGGCGCGGCUCUGUCCUGGCAGGCCGCCAUCGACGCCGCCAGGCAGGCCAAGCUGAUGGGCAGCGCCGGCAACGCCACCAUCUCCACGGCCAGCUCCACGCAGAGGAAGCGGCAGCAGUACGGCAAGCAGAAGAAGCAGGGCACCGCCACGGCCACGCGCCCUCCGCGCGCGCUGCUGUGCCUCACGCUCAAGAACCCCAUCCGCAGGGCGUGCAUCAGCAUCGUCGAAUGGAAACCAUUUGAAAUAAUUAUUUUACUGACUAUUUUUGCCAAUUGUGUGGCCUUAGCUAUCUAUAUCCCCUUUCCAGAAGAUGAUUCCAAUGCCACCAAUUCCAAUCUGGAACGAGUGGAAUAUCUCUUUCUCAUAAUUUUUACAGUGGAAGCAUUUUUAAAAGUAAUAGCAUACGGACUUCUCUUUCACCCCAACGCUUACCUCCGCAAUGGCUGGAAUUUACUAGAUUUUAUAAUUGUGGUAGUAGGGCUUUUUAGUGCAAUUUUAGAACAAGCAACCAAAGCAGAUGGGGGGAAUUCAAUAGGAGGAAAAGGAGCCGGGUUCGAUGUUAAAGCACUGCGGGCUUUCCGAGUAUUACGUCCACUACGGCUGGUGUCUGGAGUUCCCAGUCUCCAGGUGGUUUUAAAUUCGAUCAUCAAGGCCAUGGUCCCUUUGUUGCAUAUUGCCCUGCUGGUGCUGUUUGUCAUUAUCAUCUAUGCCAUCAUUGGACUGGAGUUAUUCAUGGGGAAGAUGCAUAAGACCUGCUACCAUGUGCAAGGAGGACUGAUAGAUACACCUGCGGAAGAUGACCCGUCUCCGUGCGCCCCCCAGUCUGCCCACGGGCGGCAGUGUCAGAACGGCACCGAGUGCAAGGCGGGCUGGGAGGGACCUAAGCACGGCAUUACCAACUUUGACAAUUUUGCUUUUGCCAUGCUCACGGUGUUUCAGUGCAUCACCAUGGAGGGCUGGACAGACGUGCUGUACUGGAUGCAGGACGCUAUGGGCUAUGAGUUACCAUGGGUGUAUUUUGUCAGUCUGGUCAUCUUUGGAUCCUUUUUCGUUCUAAAUCUGGUUCUUGGUGUGUUGAGCGGGGAGUUUUCCAAAGAAAGAGAAAAGGCUAAAGCUCGAGGAGAUUUCCAGAAGCUACGGGAAAAGCAACAGCUAGAGGAGGAUCUGAAGGGAUACUUAGACUGGAUAACUCAAGCAGAAGAUAUUGACCCAGAAAAUGAAGAUGAAGGCAUGGAUGAGGAGAAGCCUCGAAACAGAAGCCCUCCAGCUGGUUUGCCUGAUGCGAAGAGAGGAAAGUUUGCUUGGUUUAGUCACUCCACAGAAAGCCAUGUGAGCAUGCCCACCAGCGAGACCGAGUCCGUGAACACCGACAACGUCCCCGGAGCGGAUAUGGAAGGGGAGAACUGCGGCGCCAGGCUGGCGCAUCGGAUCUCAAAAUCAAAAUUUAGUCGCUACUGGCGCCGAUGGAAUCGAUUCUGCAGGAGGAAGUGCCGUGCUGCUGUCAAGUCCAAUGUUUUCUACUGGCUGGUGAUCUUCCUCGUGUUCCUCAACACCCUCACCAUUGCCUCUGAGCACUACAACCAGCCAGACUGGCUCACAGAGGUCCAAGACACUGCCAAUAAGGUGCUGCUAGCUCUUUUCACGGCAGAGAUGCUGCUGAAGAUGUACAGCCUCGGUCUCCAGGCCUACUUUGUGUCCCUCUUCAACCGCUUUGACUGUUUCAUUGUGUGCGGAGGCAUCCUGGAAACGAUCCUGGUGGAGACAAAGAUCAUGUCACCCCUGGGCAUUUCGGUUCUGAGAUGUGUCAGGCUCCUCAGGAUAUUUAAAAUCACAAGAUACUGGAACUCCCUGAGUAAUCUCGUGGCUUCGCUCCUGAAUUCAGUCCGCUCCAUCGCCUCCCUGUUGCUGCUUCUCUUCCUCUUCAUCAUCAUCUUCUCGCUGCUGGGGAUGCAGCUCUUUGGGGGCAAGUUUAACUUUGACGAGAUGCAGACCAGGAGGAGUACAUUUGACAACUUCCCUCAGUCCCUCCUGACUGUGUUCCAGAUCCUGACUGGGGAGGACUGGAAUUCGGUGAUGUAUGAUGGGAUCAUGGCUUAUGGCGGCCCCUCUUUUCCAGGAAUGUUGGUCUGUAUUUACUUCAUCAUCCUCUUCAUCUGUGGAAACUAUAUCCUGCUGAAUGUGUUUUUGGCCAUUGCUGUGGACAACCUUGCUGAUGCUGAGAGUUUAACAUCUGCACAGAAAGAGGAGGAAGAGGAAAAAGAAAGGAAAAAGCUAGCUAGGACUGCUAGUCCCGAGAAGAAACAGGAGAUGGAGAAAACAGCUGUGGAGGAAGAGACAAAGGAGGAGAAAAUUGAGCUGAAAUCGAUCACUGCUGAUGGAGAGUCCCCACCUGCUACCAAGAUCAAUGUGGAUGAUUAUCAGCCCAAUGAAAGCGAAGAAAAGAGUCCUUACCCCGCAACAGAAGCACCAGCAGAGGAAGAUGAGGAAGAGCCUGAGAUGCCUGUUGGCCCUCGACCUCGCCCCAUGUCUGAGCUGCACCUCAAGGAAAAGGCUGCGCCCAUGCCUGAUGCCAGCGCUUUUUUCAUCUUCAGUCCUAGCAACAGGUUUCGUGUGCACUGCCAUCGGAUCGUGAACGACAACAUUUUCACCAACCUGAUCCUGUUCUUCAUCCUGCUCAGCAGCAUCUCCCUGGCAGCUGAGGACCCCGUGAGGCACCUCUCCUUCAGGAACCAAAUCCUAGGCAAUGCAGACUAUGUCUUCACUAGUAUCUUUACAUUAGAAAUUAUUCUUAAGAUGACUGCCUACGGGGCUUUCCUCCACAAGGGCUCCUUCUGCAGGAACUAUUUCAACAUCUUGGACCUGCUGGUGGUCAGCGUUUCUCUCAUCUCCUUUGGGAUCCAGUCCAGUGCCAUUAACGUCGUGAAGAUCCUGCGUGUUCUGCGGGUCCUUAGACCGCUGAGGGCCAUCAACAGAGCCAAAGGACUAAAGCACGUGGUCCAGUGUGUGUUUGUGGCCAUCCGAACCAUCGGGAACAUUGUGAUUGUCACCACUUUGCUGCAGUUCAUGUUUGCCUGCAUUGGAGUUCAGCUGUUUAAGGGCAAGCUGUACAGCUGCACUGACAGCUCCAAGCAGACAGAAGCAGAGUGCAGAGGGUACUACAUCACCUACAAGGAUGGGGAGGUCAGCCAGCCCAUGAUACAGCCCCGCAGCUGGGAGAACAGCAAGUUCGACUUCGACAACGUCCUGACUGCCAUGAUGGCCCUCUUCACCGUCUCCACCUUUGAGGGCUGGCCAGAGUUGCUGUAUAGGUCCAUUGAUUCCCACAUGGAGGAUGUGGGACCCAUCUAUAAUCACAGGGUUGAGAUCUCCAUCUUCUUUAUUAUCUACAUCAUCAUCAUUGCUUUCUUCAUGAUGAACAUCUUCGUUGGUUUCGUCAUCGUCACAUUUCAGGAACAAGGAGAACAAGAGUACAAGAACUGCGAGCUGGACAAAAACCAGCGCCAGUGUGUAGAGUAUGCCCUGAAAGCCCGGCCCCUGCGGAGAUACAUCCCUAAAAACCAGUACCAGUACAAAGUUUGGUACGUGGUCAACUCCACCUAUUUUGAAUACCUGAUGUUCGUUCUGAUCCUGCUGAACACCAUCUGCCUGGCCAUGCAACACUAUGGUCAGAGCUGCAUGUUCAAGGAAGCCAUGAAUAUCCUCAACAUGCUCUUCACUGGCCUCUUCACUGUGGAGAUGGUCCUGAAAUUAAUCGCCUUCAAGCCCAAGGGUUACUUUAGUGAUCCUUGGAAUGUUUUUGACUUCCUCAUCGUAAUUGGCAGCAUUAUAGACGUCAUUCUCAGUGAAACUAAUCACUAUUUCUGUGAUGCAUGGAAUACAUUUGACGCCUUGAUUGUUGUGGGUAGCAUUGUUGAUAUAGCAAUCACCGAGGUGAACCCAGCUGAACAUACCCAAUGCUCUUCCUCUAUGAACGCAGAGGAAAACUCUCGCAUCUCAAUCACCUUCUUCCGGCUCUUCCGCGUGAUGCGCCUGGUGAAGCUCCUGAGCCGAGGGGAGGGCAUCCGGACCCUGCUUUGGACCUUCAUCAAGUCCUUCCAGGCUCUCCCCUACGUGGCUCUUUUAAUCGUGAUGCUGUUCUUCAUCUACGCUGUGAUUGGGAUGCAGGUGUUUGGUAAAAUUGCUCUGAACGACACCACAGAAAUCAACCGCAACAAUAACUUCCAGACCUUCCCGCAGGCAGUGCUGCUGCUUUUCAGGUGUGCCACAGGUGAGGCCUGGCAGGAAAUCAUGCUGGCGUGUCUCCCGGACAAGAAGUGUGACCCGGAGUCGGAGCCGGCCAACUCCACGGAGGCCGAUCACUCCUGCGGCAGCAGCUUCGCCGUCUUCUACUUCAUCAGCUUCUACAUGCUCUGUGCCUUCCUGAUCAUCAAUCUUUUUGUAGCUGUUAUAAUGGAUAACUUCGAUUACCUGACACGGGACUGGUCCAUUUUAGGACCACACCACCUGGAUGAGUUUAAAAGGAUCUGGGCAGAGUAUGACCCUGAAGCUAAGGGACGGAUCAAACACCUGGAUGUGGUGACGCUGCUCCGGCGGAUCCAGCCCCCGCUGGGCUUCGGGAAGCUCUGCCCUCACCGGGUGGCUUGCAAACGCCUUGUCUCCAUGAACAUGCCGCUGAACAGCGAUGGGACCGUCAUGUUCAACGCCACUCUCUUCGCAUUGGUCAGAACAGCACUGAGGAUCAAGACAGAAGGCAACCUGGAGCAAGCCAACGAAGAGCUGAGAGCAAUAAUUAAGAAAAUCUGGAAGCGCACCAGUAUGAAGCUGCUGGACCAGGUGGUGCCUCCUGCGGGUGAUGACGAGGUGACCGUCGGGAAGUUCUACGCCACUUUCCUGAUCCAGGAGUAUUUCCGGAAGUUCAAGAAGCGUAAAGAGCAGGGCCUGGUGGGGAAGCCCUCGCAGCGCAACGCGCUGUCCUUACAGGCUGGUCUGCGCACGCUCCACGACAUCGGCCCGGAGAUCCGACGAGCCAUUUCUGGAGACCUGACAGCUGAAGAAGAGCUGGACAAGGCCAUGAAAGAAGCUGUUUCUGCUGCCUCUGAAGAUGAUAUCUUCAGGAGAGCUGGAGGCUUGUUUGGAAACCACGUGAGCUAUUACCAAAGUGACGGCAGGAGUGGGUUCCCCCAGACGUUCACCACCCAGAGACCUUUGCACAUCAAUAAGUCUGGCAACAACCACGGAGAUACCGAGUCUCCAUCCCACGAGAAGCUGGUGGACUCCACCUUCACUCCCAGCAGCUACUCAUCUUCAGGCUCCAAUGCCAACAUCAACAACGCCAACAACACCGCCCUGUGUCGCUUCCCCAGCCCUCCCAGCUACCCCAGCACUGUCAGCACGGUGGAAGGCCACGGGACCCCCUUGUCCCCCACCAUCUGCGUGCAGGAGGCUCCCUGGAAACUCCCAUCCAAAAGGACACAUUACUACGAGACACUGGGACGCUCCAGUUCCAGAGACAGCCAGCUGGCAAUUGUUUGCCAAGAGGAAGUGUCUCAGGAUGAGACUUAUGAUGAAAAUUUGAAUGAAGACAUUGAGUACUGUAGUGAACCAAGUCUGCUCUCUACUGAAAUGCUCGCCUACCAAGAUGAUGAAAACAGACAACUCACACCCCCAGAAAACAGCAAAGGAGAGGACACCCGGCACUCUCCGAAGAAGGGGUUUCUGUGCUCCUCAGCUCUAGGUCGAAGAGCAUCUUUUCACUUAGAGUGUUUGAAAAGACAGAAAAACCAGGGUGUGGACGUCUCGCAGAAGACAGUCCUGCCUUUGCAUCUGGUCCAUCAUCAGGCGUUAGCAGUGGCCGGCCUGAGUCCCCUGCUCCAGCGAAGCCAUUCCCCCACCACGUUCUCUCGGCUGUGCGCUACGCCCCCGGCCACGCCCUGCAACCGGGGCUGGCCGCAACAGAGCAUCCCAACGCUGCGCCUCGACGGGGCGGAAUCCUCGGAGAAGCUCAACAGCAGCUUGCCGUCAGUGCACUGCGGCUCCCGGUACCCCGAGAGCGGAGGCAGCCCCAGGAGAGCCCGGCCCGUGUCCCUGACCGUGCCCAGCCCGACCGCAGGGAGCAGCCGGCAGCUCCACGGCAGCGCCAGCAGCCUGGUGGAAGCGGUCUUGAUUUCGGAAGGACUGAUGCAGUUUGCUCAAGAUCCAAAGUUCAUUGAGGUCACAACCCAGGAGCUCGCAGACGCCUGCGACAUGACGAUAGAAGAGAUGGAAAAUGCAGCAGACAACAUUCUCAAUGGUAACAGCAAGCAGAGCCCCAAUGGCAACCUCUUGCCUUUUGCUAACUGCAGGGACCCAGGGCAGGACAGUGCAGGAGAGGAAGAGGAAGAGGUGCAGAACCCGGAUUGUAGGAUAAGUCAGGAGGAGCUCAAGGACAGCAGGAUUUAUAUCAGCAGCCUGUAGUUGCCAGGGCUGGAAGCGAUGCUGGUUUUUUAUUUGUUUCAAUGUUCCUAAUGGGUUUGUUUCAGAAGUGCCUCACUGUUCUCGUGACCUGGAGUAACCGGAACAGCGUUCUUCAUUCAUUUCUGUUGGGACGAGUCGCAGAGUUGGGUGGUGUAAGAAAGCUUUUCAGGAGCGGAUAUAACCCCAGCACGUGUCCAUGAAGGAAGAGUGAGGAGGAAGAGGAGAAGAGGAGGAGAGCCAGCUCCCUCUUUUUUUCAGUCCCUGCACAAGGAACGACAGCUGCCUCCGGAGCACCAAGGGGAACCUCAGCUUCUUGUGGAUGGCCCUAGCCAAAAGGACCCUGCGCCAAACGGGUGUCUUUCAACCUUGCUUGUAAAAAUCAUUUUGCACAUAUUCUGUACGAGCCUCACCGUCUCCAUAAAGCCAAGGCCCUUUGAUUCGGAAGGAGAGGAAGACUUCUGCUGUGGAUUCCCACACGGCCACGGGGAGGAGGAAGCAGGAGAAGCCUGCGGUCGCUCGAGGCGCGACCCAGCCCUGCCGAGACUCCGGCAGCGGCCCCUGCCGGCCAAUCAGAGCUCGCGCUGUCAUUCGCCAGCCAAUCCGAGCUCAGGCGGUCUCCUGCCGGCCAAUCAGAGCUCAGCGCGCCAACUGUGCCGGCCAAUGGGCGAGCAGGCGGGGCUGAGGGGCCGCCGGGCCUGUGCAGAGUUUUUGUUUCGCAGUUUGGUAUUUUCUUGAAAGCAUGUUGCAGUUUUUAUUUUGACUAUUUUAUUAAUAUUAUUAUUAUUUUUGAGGGAGAAGGGAGUGUUUACAGCGUUUUGUAAUCACCUACCUUUUUUGUUUUGGUUUAUUUUCACCUUUGCAGAUGUUAAAUUGGUUUGAUCAUGCUGUAUUAUUUAAACUGGGGCGGGAGGGUGGUUUCUCCAUUGGAAUUCGGUAGAAGUAUAACGAUAGAUGAGUUUUACCAACCAUUAUGUACACCGAGAAUUUGUAAUUUUAUUUACUAGCGACUGAAAACCUUUUUGUUGUUGUUGUUGUUGUUUUAUAAUUUAAAGAUAGUAGGCAAUGCACUUGAUAUAGUCUUGCACAUUUGAGUGAUUGAUUUGGGUUCUUUUUAGUGCUAUGUGUAUCUGUGAGCGUGGGAGCAGUAGGAGCGAGCGUGUGUGCGUGUGCGUGUGCGUGUAAGAGCAGCUCUCCACGCCCCGGCUGGAGCUGCGGGAGAUCUGUGUCUGCGGCCAUUCGAAUGCAAAAACAAACCACUGUCUCUGCUUUCGAAAAGGGAAUCAGUAACUUUGCAUUUUCUGUUCCACAAGAUAUGCAAAAACAAUGCAAUAAUAUUAAUUUUGAAAUAAAAUUGUAAGUUGUGUUGGCAUUAAAACUGUAUAGAAAAGAAAAAAUAAUUACGGGGUUGGGGGGGGAAACAAAAGAAAAAAAAAAAACAAACAAACCAGAAGUCGUUACGCUUCGAUAUAUUCCGUGUGAUGUUUUAUUGCAUUGAUAAUGUUUCUGUUGAAGAAACCGUUAUACUUGAAUUCAGGUCAGUUUCAGUAUUUUUCAAAUAUUUUUUUAAAAUGAAUUGCAAUUGUGCCAAGCAAAGAUAAUGAAUUGAAUUAAGUUUGUUUAAAAAAAAAAAGAAAAAAAAAAGAAUCACUUCUUGUAUAUUUUGCUGCAUGUCAAGUGAAUCAUUUCGUAUUUGGAAUGUGCCAAGCUUUACCUUUGAACUUUUAAGUGCUUUUUUACGUGUGGUUGGGGAAAGGGUACUAUUUUUUUUUUUUUUUUUUCCUUUUUUAAUUUGUACGAUGAACAAAGUGUACCUGGUGUAAGUAACAAUUCUGCAAUCCACUGACAGGUUGAACGUUACUGAUUUUGCAUAUCUUGUGUUCAUUUUCCUUCUUCCUCACUCCCUUUUAAUGUGCACGAUUCUUUACGGGUAGAGAAUCUUUCUUCCCGAGACUGGGACAUUUUAUUCAGGCUUUGUUUUCUUUCCUUUUGCUCAGUUCCUCUAAAGGUCUCGUCCCACUCAAGGGUGGCAAGACCCCCAACACCCAUUUGGCAGAUCCAUCCUACACAUUCAGCUGGCACCAGCAAUUGAAGGAGCAGGGAGGGAAAAAUCUGGCUUCAAAAUUAUUUUAUUAAACAGCUGGACCCUGAUCAAUUUUAGCAGGAUCCUGGGAUAAGAAACAUAAGAAUCAGAAUGGCUGGCAAAGUUACGUUACCUUACCCUGGUCUGGGCUGAAAGCAGAGGGGUAGAGAGAGAGAGAACUGUGGAUCUUUAUUAGGAGAAUUCCUGCAUCUGGUCAAGAUGCAGAUGCCAAGUGACUUUUUGAUGUUCCUGUGCAUGGUUUCAAUCCUCUUCCCAGACUUUAGUGGAUGGGUCAGGUACUAAGUCACAAAACAUCUGGCAGCACAGCAUUUCCAGCCACAUUUCCUGAUUAGUAAGUGUGAAACUCUCACACUGACGGCUGGCCCUAACCCCGAGAGAGGCUGAAAAAACAGGCACGUAUUGGUAGAUUUUAUGCAACUGAUUUUUGUCUAGACUACUGCUGUUUUUUCUCCUUCCUCUGGAUGAUUCACAAACUUGCACAUCGCUUCUGAGGUCUGAGGUGUGAUCUGACUCAGAGACCUUUGAUUCAAAUCUUGAGCUUCUGCAGAUGUCCAAGAACAUCCUUCGCUGCAUACAUUGAUUACAUUAUUUUUGUGACACUCCUGUUUUUCUUCUUGAUUCUCUGGGGCAUAAAGGAGAAAUAGUAAAGGGUAUUUUUUGACUGUGCUCUUUGAACCGGCCAAUAUCAGCUCAAGAUACCUUGGAGAAAACCAAAUACUAGAGAAAUAGGAAUCCAUUUGUACAAGCAUCCAUCAUCAAAGUCAUAAUUCAAGGCUUCCCUGGAGAACGUAACCAUCUGAUGUGAGUCAGUCUCCUCCUUUCAUCCCUGGUGCCUGGACCUGUGUCUCCCUGUGAGUUUGCUGCUGCUGGCGCUGAUGUUCUCCAAAGGUACCUGAAAGGGAAGAAUGCCCGUGCCUGGCUGUUGCUGGAAAUGCCGUGUAAGGGCUCCAAACUCAUUUUCCUUUGCUGCAAAGUCCAUCUGACCCUCCCAAUGGAAGAGAGGCGCUCUUCACCCCUGGAAAGCAGCGCUUACCCAAAUUAGUGCUGACAAUGAGCAUUUUGGAUGGUUGACAGCCCAUCUUUUAGGAUUUUUUCUUGAUGGAAAGAUUAAAUGACAGGAAUGAUUGUGCCCCAGGCAGUCUUGGUGAAAGCUGCUACUCCCCCGGGGGUCAGAGCCUACAGUGGCCAGGGGAAACCCCACGCUCUCCUGGAAGACCCCGUAGGUGCUGCAGAGUGGAAAAUGCGUGGCUAGCAGAGAAUGCAAAUGAAUUCUGCGGUUUGAGGGGCAGGUGUUAAAUUUAGUAAUUGCUGGUGCCAGCUGUGCAAAUUUCUCUCUCUGGGGAGGGUGGCUUCUUUUUUUUUUUUUUUUUUUUUUCAUUUGAGGUACUUCCAACGUGCACAUUGUGACAGGCCUGAGCAAAGAGCUGCUGCCUCCUGUGAGUGAGGCAGAGUCUGGGGGACAGUGGGAAGGAGGGGGCAGGUUUAGUUCCUGGAGUGUUUCCCUGUGUAUGGGAGUGGAUGGUGGGUACAAUCACUGCGCUGUGGAUGGAAGCUUUGAAGGAACCGAUGGCUGAGAAGUGGCGUGGAGGGAAGGAAUGGGGAAAAUUAUCUGCUGUUUGCCUCUGAGCAUCUCUGACUCGCAAGAGGACACUGCAGACUAAAGACGUUUCUUAUAAAACAACAAACCUCCUCCCUGUAUCACUCCUGCUCGUUAGUCCAGACAGUACUGGGCCAGCCACAGUAUUUCGGGUGCAUUUCUUUUUUUCUUCCCUAUUUCUGUGUGGCUGACGUGAUGGGAAAGCAAGUGGAACUUGUGAUCCAGAGCUGGAGUUUCGUUGUCCACAGACCUUUUGUGCAUCAUCUGCCUCUUCAGCUGGACAUGUGGACGAUGAUGGUGUCGAUGCUGCUGCUACUGCAGGGGUCCCGCCUGUUUUCUUGCCCUGCCCACCCCAGCCCAGCACGGAGGGACAGCCAGAGAGGCGCCAUGUACAGAACCGCAUCUAUUUCUGCUUUGUUUUCUGACUCACAACCCUGCCCCAGUGACUACGGCGACAACAACAACAAAAAAAAAAAAAAGGGCAAAUGCAUUUUUUACAUUUCUUGAUAAUUUCCAAAGCAAUGUAUCAUUGCUUUCUUUAGACUGACGCCAAUAUAACAGUUGUAUGGGUCUCA